AGAGCGGCGAGGACGCGCGGAAGGCAUCUUGUUGAAACGAAACGCGUGCGGUGCCGGUAGCGCGCACGUACAAGUCACGUAAUGGUCUAUUUACGUCCAAUCUGUGGAGACUGCUGCUGCUGUUAUGACCUGCUGCAGUUAGUCAACGAAAUUUUCGAGCUGAUUAAAACACGUAACGGGGAUAUUAUGGCAUUAUUUUGAGGUUUCAGAUAUAUGUGUCCUCCAGGAGGCCGCGUAGAGUGCCAUCAAACAGAGGUCAUGAUGGAUUAGAUGUAGUUCAGUGGCUUUCUCCAUACAGUGUGACUGACAGCAAGAACUGGGACAAGGGACUUUGGUGCUAAUAACGUUAGCAACUUAGCUAGACGUUUUGAAUCAGCUUUACCACAGUGACAGGUACAUGUAAAUUAUUGGCAAGUGGUUUUGUGUCUGUCGCUUCAUGUGUUGUCUUCCUCUGGCCGUCGGCUCACUCUGUACAGCUGUAUUUUUCUCAGUAGUUGCCUAGCGUUGGCGUUAGCCACCAGUUGUCGCUGGCUGCUAGCUAAUGUGUAGCUAUAGUUAUUGCCUCCCAGUGGUGGAAAAAGUAUUCAAAUCUUUUAACGAUUCUUUGAGUAGUUUGAGGUCCUUGGGAAAUUCACAAGGCAGCAUGGCUCCCAAAGACAUCAUGACCAACUCCCAUGCCAAAUCCAUCCUCAAUGCGAUGAAUUCACUUCGUAAGAGCAACACACUCUGCGACAUCACUCUGAGGGUGGAGAACACUGACUUUCCAGCACAUCGGAUUGUGUUGGCUGCCUGCAGUGAUUACUUUUGUGCCAUGUUCACCAGUGAGCUUGCAGAGAAGGGGAAGUCUUUUGUUGACAUUCAGGGGCUAACAGCAGCGACUAUGGAGAUCCUGUUGGACUUUGUCUACACAGAAACCGUGUUAGUUACAGUGGAGAAUGUACAAGAACUGCUUCCUGCUGCGUGUCUGCUGCAGCUCAAAGGGGUGAAAAGAGCAUGCUGCGACUUUUUGGAGAGUCAGCUUGAUCCCUCAAACUGUCUGGGCAUUCGAGACUUCGCUGAAACUCACAACUGUCUCGACCUGAUGCAGGCAGCUGAGCUCUUCUCCCAGAAGCAUUUCUCCGAGGUGGUUCAACACGAAGAGUUCAUGCUGCUCAGCCAAACAGAAGUUGAAAAGCUCAUUAAAUGUGAUGAAAUCCAGGUGGACUCAGAGGAGCCUGUAUUUGAGGCAGUGUUAAACUGGGUCAAACACAACCGAAAAGAGAGAGAGCCCUAUUUGCCAGACAUGCUUGAGUUUGUUCGACUGCCGCUCCUGACCCCACGCUACAUUACAGAUGUCAUUGAUGCUGAGCCCCUCAUUCGGUGCAGUCUGCCGUGUCGAGACCUUGUUGAUGAGGCCAAGAAAUUCCACCUAAGACCAGAGCUGAGGAGUGAGAUGCAAGGCCCACGCACACAAGCCAGAUUAGGUGCCAAAGAAGUUCUGUUGGUUAUUGGUGGGUUUGGCAGCCAGCAAUCACCAAUAGACAUAGUUGAGAAAUAUGAUCCGAAAACUCAAGAAUGGAGCUUCCUUCCUAACAUUGCACGGAAAAGGCGUUACGUAGCCACAGUGUCUCUCCAUGAUCGAGUUUACGUGAUCGGAGGCUACGACGGGCGGUCAAGGCUCAGCUCUGUGGAGUGUCUGGACUACACUGCGGAUGAGGAUGGUGUUUGGUACACUGUUGCCACCAUGAAUGUACGACGAGGACUUGCGGGGGCCACAACACUCGGAGAUAUGAUCUAUGUAGCUGGUGGCUUUGACGGCAGCCGGCGUCACACUAGCAUGGAGCGAUACGAUCCAAACAUUGACCAGUGGAGCAUGCUGGGAGACAUGCAGACUGCUAGAGAAGGAGCUGGUCUGGUGGUGGCCAGUGGGCUUAUUUACUGUCUAGGAGGAUAUGAUGGAUUAAAUAUACUGAACUCAGUGGAGCGGUAUGACCCACACACAGGACACUGGACCAGUGUUACACCCAUGGCCACCAAGCGAUCAGGGGCUGGUGUGGCUUUACUCAAUGACCACAUUUAUGUCGUUGGAGGUUUUGAUGGAGUAUCACACCUCGACUCUGUUGAGGUCUACAACAUCAGAACAGACUAUUGGACCACUGUAGCCAGUAUGACAACGCCGCGCUGUUACGUAGGGGCAACUGUUCUUCGAGGACGUCUCUACGCAAUUGCCGGAUACGAUGGGAACUCUCUCCUCAGCAGUAUUGAAUGUUACGACCCUGUCAUUGACACCUGGGAGGUCGUCACGUCGAUGGCGACACAGCGGUGCGAUGCCGGCGUCUGUGUUCUACGAGAAAAGUGAUCCUUUCUGCGACACAGAAGAGGACAGGCAGCUAGACUUUGAUACAAAUGCCACUAAACCAGAGCCACAAAGGGAGACGUUUGUUUGCUGGUAUGCAAAUGGGUACUCUUGAGGUAAAAAAAAUUUUAAAAACUCUUUGACUGCAGCAGAGUGAGCUGCCUCCUCUCCUGGAUGGUUAAGUCAUCACCACUCAGACUGUGCUACAGAGAUUCAGCUUCACCGUGGUAAGAAAAAAAGCAUCACCACUUGCAUGACUCUCUUCAGUGGUACAUGUUGCUGUCAUUACCUGUGAGAUUAUUUUUUCAGUUUGUCUUCAAAGUGCAAUAUAUUUCUACUUAUCAAAAGAAAACAGAGAAAAUGGAGCAGAUGUAGUCUCCAGUUGCUGCUAUAUGCCUUAUAACUUUGGCCUACAUCAACAGUGAACAUUCAUGUUGCCUCCCAUUUGACUUUGAUGAUAGUUACGUCGCUUAUUAUCGGGUUUACUCAUUUGGCAUUUGCAAGUCAUAAAUGGGUCAAUACUUCCCCCUUUUUGUAUCCUUCCUAUAACCAGUGCAUUUAGAAUCAAAUCACUUUAUUAUUAAAGAAAGUUUAAUACUUAUUGUUGCGCUCAGAAUAUAUAUUUAGAGAUUAAUAUUGUUUUAGAAAAUGACUGAAUAAACUGUUUUUUAUUUUUUCCAUCUAAUGGCAAAAUCAAAAAACCACAAAGUAAUAAGUAUGAGGUGCAUGUGAUCUGUUGUUUUUCCUCAGCUUAUGAAUUCAGACAUGUCAUCACUGUCGCCUGGGAAGUAAAUAAACUAUAAGAACUGA